CCGAGCGCCCCGCUGAACCAUGACUGCAGAUGGUCGGCACGCUGGAGCCCUGAGCUCCAGUCUCGGUCUCCCUCAGCUCAGACUGGACGGGGAAGAGGAGUGGACGGUCGACUGGACGUGGCCUCCUACACCGGACGACUUCUCUGGGAUGUAUAGUGAGGACUUCGAGUUCGGAUUGGAACCGAGCGGUGAGGAGGCGCAGCAUGAUCGCAGCACAACAGAAAACCCCAGGCACGCGAGCCCGAGCGCGUCCACGCCGCAUCAUUCGGGGAGCAGUUUCUCCUACGCCAGACUCCACAACGACGUGUCCGGUGCUCUGCUGAACAUGGAGUGUAAAAUAUGUGGAGAUAAAGCGUCCGGUUACCACUACGGCGUCCACGCCUGUGAGGGAUGUAAGGGUUUCUUCAGGCGGACGGUGAGAUUAAAUCUGACCUAUAAACACUGUAACCUGAACUGUCGCGUCCACAAGAGGAGCAGAAAUAAGUGUCAGUUCUGUCGCUUCAGGAAGUGCGUUCUCACAGGCAUGUCCCAUACAGCUAUCCGUUUUGGACGAACGCCUCUGGCGGAGCGGGAGAGGAUGAUAGCCGAGUUCCACACGGCGGCGGGCGAGCCGGCGCUGGAGUCGGUGAACCGGCAGACCCUCGCCAGGCAUCUGUACGAUUCCUACCUCAAACACUUCCCCAUGACGAAGAGCAGGGCCAGGGCAAUUCUAACAGGGAGGGACGGAGAACACACGCCUUUAGUAAUCCACGACAUGAAGUCUCUGAGAGUGGGGCACGAGGUGAUGAAGUUCAAGCAGCCCAGCGUGCCAGGAUCAGCCCCGCCCGGCGAGCUGGAGCUCUCCUUCUUCCGCCGCGUUCAGUACCGCUCGGCCGAGUCCGUCCGCAGGCUCACCGAGUUCGCCAAGAGCAUCCCGGGGUUCACGGCUCUGGAGCUGAGCGACCAGAUCACCAUGCUGAAGUACAGCGCCCUGGAGGUGCACUUCGUCCACCUGGGCCACCUCACCAACAAAGACGGGGCGCUUAUAGCCGAGGGUCAGGUCUUCAUGACCCGCGAGUUCCUCAAGAGCCUGCGCAAACCCUUCUGCGACAUUAUGGAGCCCAAGUUCGAGUUCCUGGGCAGGUUUAACAUUCUGGAGCUGGAGGACUGUGACCUGGCGCUGUUCAUGGCCGCCGUCAUCCUGUGUGGAGAUCGUCCCGGUCUGGUGAACUCCAAGGCCGUGGAGGAGCUGCAGGACGAGGUUCUGAAGGCCCUGGAGCUUCAGCUGAAGGUCCUCCACCCGGGGUCGCCCCAGCUCUUCGCCAGGCUGCUGCAGAAGAUGACAGACCUGCGGUCGCUGGUGGCCGAACACGUGCGCGUCAUCCAGACGCUGAAUAAGAACGAACUGGAGAUGUGUCUUCACCCGCUCCUGCAGGAGAUCAUGACGGACCUCUACUAACCCCCCCGCCCCCCCCAGGAAAUAAAGAGGCAUAUUGUCUUGUGAUUAAAACCAAAACGGUUUAUCUGUGAAAUCAAGCAUUUUUAAUGAAUUGACAAAGUAUUUGGACAGCAUUUAACUAUGAUCACCAUCAUACGAUUCAUACACUAUUCAUUACUCAGCUGUAGCCUUAAGCUUAAGGUACUGGACUAGUAAUCAGAGGGUCGCUGGUUCAAGCCCCUGUUGGGCCCUUGAGCGAGGCCCUCAACCCUCAAUUGUUUAGACAGUAGAAGGCCACAGUACUGUGAGGCACAUUGAAUAAAAGCAUCUGCUAAAUGCUGCAAA